GAGUGAGAGUUUAAGAGCCCAAACCGACCCAAAACACAAACACACAUCAAACAGUGUCGUUUUAUCAGUCAAAUUCUGUCUCCCCUGGAAUAAUACCUCAUUCUUAGUGACAAAUAUGAACCGAUGUCCUCAAAAAAGUUCUUUGUGUUUCCUCUGCAAGCAAUCUUUCCUUUUUGUCUGUCAAAUACAGAAGCAGUAACAAGAGAAAAGGAAAAAAAAUGUCUGCAGAAUCAGCCAGUGCAAUUCCAAGGGGCCAAGUUGAUUUGUUGGAUUUUAUUGAUUUUUCUGGAGUUGAAUGUCUUAACCAAAGCACAAGCCACUCUCUUUCCAAUGCUAUCAAGCAGGGUUAUAGAGAAGAUGAUGGUUUGACUCUAGAAAGUGAUGCGGAUGAGCAGUUGCUGAUUCAUAUACCUUUCAAUCAAGUUAUUAAACUGCAUUCUAUUGCCAUCAAAGGACCUGAAGAAGAUGGUCCAAAGACGGCAAAACUUUUUUCAAACAAGGAGCAUAUGGGAUUUAGCAAUGUUAACGAUUACCCUCCAAGUGACACUGUAGUUUUAUCCCCGGAUACUCUCAAGGGAAAACCUGUGGUGUUGAAAUAUGUCAAGUUUCAGAAUGUUCGUAGCUUGACAGUAUUUAUCGAGGAUAAUCAAUUAGAUUCGGAGAUCACAAAAGUUCAAAAGAUUGCUUUGUUCGGAAGAACGGUGGAAACAACAGACAUGAAAAGCCUGAAGAAGAUUGAGGAUCACUAAUACCAAACUGGAGGAAAAAGAAAGGAAGAUGCUUUAAAAGAAUUGCUAAAAUCUUGCAUGUUUUUUCUAUUUUCCCAUUAUUUAUCCAGUAUAAAACGCUUUGGGUCUUGAAAGUUAGUUUUAUGAUCUCCCGGAAAUCUAACGAGUUUUAAAAUCUGCUGAUAUGCAUUGAAUGUUAUGCUCUGCACAAAGCCCAUGUCGAAUCAA